AACUCUCAUUGCCUACUUGCGCGUUUGAAUCUCCAAGCUUGAGAAGACUGCGAAAUCGUCGUCAGAUUUUCUGUAACCAAACCGACCUUCCGGAUGGAGAAGACGACGGAAAGAACGGUGUCGAUUGUGGCGGAGAAAGUAGCCAGCGGCGAGUAAUUUUGGUCGAGAAAUUCGGAAAUAGCACUGUGAAGAAAUUCAUUCCAUGUGAUUUAGAAACCGUGCCAUAGGCUCUCUGCGGAUUGAGGUUCAAAUUUACUUUAGAAUAAAGCUGAUGAUUGAGAGUUAAUUAUUGUCGAAGGAAAGAAAAAUAGAGAUAUUGAAGAUCUUGUAAAUGUAUAUACUAGAUGAUAACCAGCAGUUGCAAUAUUUUAUUGAUGAUCAAAUAUCUCCGGCAUCCAAUGGCUUUGAAGGAUCUCAUUUUUCUGAAACAAAACUAUCCUGGCUUACAGAUCUCAUAAAAGAUUUUAUUUUACCCGCAGGAUUCCCAGAAUCAGUUUCAGAUGAUUACUUGCAAUACAUGAUACUCCAGUUCCCCACUAAUAUUACUGGAUGGAUCUGUCACACGUUGGUCACAUCCAGUCUCCUGAAGGCAGUUGGUAUUGGCUCCUUCUCUGGAACUACUGCAGCAGCUUCUGCUGCUGCCAUCAGAUGGGUCUCUAAGGAUGGCAUUGGAGCUGUUGGACGCUUAUUCAUUGGUGGACGGUUUGGUAAUCUUUUUGAUGAUGAUCCAAAACAAUGGCGCAUGUAUGCAGACUUCAUUGGCAGUGCAGGAAGCAUCUUUGAUCUUGCUACUCCGUUGUACCCUAACUAUUUUCUACCAUUGGCUUCUCUUGGAAAUCUUGCCAAGGCUGUUGCCAGAGGACUGAAAGAUCCUUCGUUUCGAGUUAUUCAAUACCAUUUUGCAGUUUCGGGAAAUUUGGGAGAGAUAGCAGCAAAGGAGGAAGUUUGGGAAGUAGUCGCGCAGCUGCUUGGUCUUGCCCUAGGCAUCCUAAUCUUGGAUACACCAGGACUUGUAAAUUCAUAUCCAGUGUUAUCAAUGACAUGGUUUAGCAUGCGGCUUCUUCAUCUUUGGUUGCGGUAUCAAUCACUUGCUGUCUUGCAUUUUAACACUAUAAACCUGAAGCGCGCUCGUAUUUUAGUGAGGGCUCACAUUGUGCACAACAAAGUACCAGGAACAGUUGACUGCAACACCGAAGAAAACAUAUUAUUGUGGGAAAAAUUUACAAGGCCAGCAAUUAUCUUCGGUGUAUCGUUGGAGGAGAUGAUGGGCGGUGAGAGAUCUUCUUCCACGGUGAUGGAACUUCUGAAAUUAUAUGCCAAGGAGAAAUACAUUCUCAUGCUGAACACACAAGAUAAAGACUUGAAAGUCUCUGUUUCUUUCAAGGUAGGUGCUACUAGCAUGUCUGUCUUACGGAGUAUUUGGCAGACUUACUGGCUCGACGAGCACUGGCACGCCUCGGCAAGCAUCAUGGCCCAGCUUGCACGAAGCCUAUCAGAGAUGGAAGAUAAGUUUAAUGAGUUUAUGCAACUGUUAGAGGGAGCUGGAUGGAAUACACAUCAACUGAGUUUGAAGGUACCAAACAAUGUCUUAAUAGAUGUUUCUUAGUCUAAUACUUGUUGACCUUUCAGGUUUCAGUGGUUCAUAAAUUUGAAUAGUUUCUGCCUUUCUAUGACCCUGAAUGCGGAAACCUCCCCUCUACCUUCAAAAGUCGGUCCACCAAAAUCGUAACAUUUCCUUUCUUUGAUUUUUUUUUUUUGGGUUGGCCCGAACUUUCAUAGCUUACAUUUUGGUAUUUCUGAUUUCAAGUUUAGUUUAUUUUAGCCCCUUAUACUUUUAAAA